AUGGAACAAGCAAGGUACUGGAUGUGGGCAAAGCGCAAACACAAUAGUUUGAGCUCAUCUCAGCAUGAUCAUCUGCAAGUGCCAAUUAGCAACCCAUCAAACGAUGAUUCGUGGGAAGAACAAGCUUUCGCCGAAGAUGCAGCCGGGCCUCUUGGAGGGUGCAUAUGGCCUCCGAGAUCUUACUCUUGUAGCUUUUGCAGGAGAGAGUUCCGUUCAGCUCAAGCUCUAGGCGGCCACAUGAAUGUCCACAGGAGAGACAGGGCUAGACUAAAGCAGUCUCCAAAUGACGAAACUACCCUCCAAAAUCAUCAUCAUCCGGAUGAUCAUUCUGUCCAAAAUCAUAAUCCCUUCUCCUCUUCAUCUUUGGGUAAUUUUCAAUACCCAUCUCAUCAAGUUUGUGCCUUGGUUUACAACCCUAAUAACCCUAGUUCCGAUCCCGGUGCUACUAUUGCAUCCUCAUCACCAUCCUCAGGUUCUAGGGUUUCAGCUCAAUUACCAUGUAAAGAAAAUUGUGCUGACCAAACCCUGAAGAUCCCACCUUCUUCUUCUGCUUCUCUAUCCUUUCCUCAAUCUUGGUCAAUCUUGGGCACAAACAGAAAUAAUUAUGAUAAAUCUGUUGCAAGAAAUAUUAUUGAAGCAGAGAAGAUUUCAGGAGCUGUGGAAUCUGGGUGUAGGGCUAAGGGUGAUCACCAUGUCACAAGUACUACUGAUCUUCACAAUUUGUCUGUGAGUUUGAAUUUGGUUGUUCGUUGUGCUCGUCCAUCCCUCUCAGGUGAUGAGGAUGAAGCUAUAAUUAGUUGCAAGAGAAGAAGAACGGAAGACGUCCCGUCAUCGACACCUUUCUUCCUUAAAUCAGGUUCUGUUGAUAAAGUACAUCAUCUCCAAUCAGAAGGGUUUGAACUUAGCUGCACCAGCUCUAUAGAGGACUUAGAUCUUGAGCUCAGGCUCGGUGACCGGCCUAAGGUAAUUAAAGUUGAUAAAUAG